GAAAAGACAUCCAUAGAAUAUGAGAAAUACAAAGAUACGGCAUGGAUGAUGACUGUGGCUUAGCUAACGGGGGCAGUGACACAUAUGAACCCCAAUUGGCCCGAAUUCAAUUCAACUUGGAUACAUAGGAGGAUACCCUUCGCCAAGCUCGGUAGGCUCCUUUCUCUUUGACAUUUUCCACUUGUUGGCGUAAGCCGUCAAUAUCCGUUCAAUAUCCGUAGUCACAGUUUAUAUCAACUCAGCAUAGAGUUGCUUCUCUUCUUUCUCCAUCGAACUUUGACAUACCGCACAUUCCAAGAUGUAUCUCCGUACGGUCCACGCCGAACACAACAUCUCUACAUUGCACCAAUUCAUCCGUGCCAACCCCUUGGGUAUCUUUACCACAGCCAUCGAAUCACAAGCAUUUCCCUUCAUCCAAUCUAGCCAUAUCCCCUUUGUCUUAGACACCAACGACAAACCCGAUGAGACCGACCUCGGUAUUCUCCGCGGCCAUAUAGCGCGCGCCAACCCCCAGGCCAAAACCUUGAUCGAACAACUCAAAUCUCAGUCUGGAAAUGAAGCCAAUCCAGUAAGCGGCACUCAGACACUUUCCCGCGAUGUCAUGAUCCUCUUCAACGGCCCUGCACACCAUUACAUAACCCCAAAGUUCUACCGCGAAACAAAACCAGCAACAGGGAAGGUGGUGCCCACAUGGAACUACUCCGCUGUACAAGUCUACGGCCGUGCAACAAUCUUCUAUGACAUCAAGGCUGCUACCACGGGCGCGUUCCUCGACAAACAGAUUAGGGAUUUGUCACUCCAGUCAGAGAUUGAGAUCAUGGGCAACACAGAGAAGCCUUGGCUGGUAGAUGAUGCGCCCGCCUCGUAUAUUGGAAUACUGAAGAAGGCUAUCAUUGGCGUUCAGAUCGAGAUUACCGAUAUUGGCGGCAAAUGGAAGAUGAGCCAAGAAAUGGGGGUUGGGGACCAGGCAGGUGUCGCGGAGGGAUUAGAAGCAUUGCAAUCCGAUGUCGGCGAGGAAAUGGCAAGGACAGUGAGGGAGAGGUGCAAGAAGUGAAACAUGCUAAACUCACGUCAUAACUCAAAACUCGUGCCGUGUUUGCUACACAAACGUCAACACACUCUUGCAAGUUC